AUUACUUCACUUCCUUUUCUAUAUACAUUAACACAUACUGUCCUAGUCUCUAUAUUCAGUCCAUUUGUACUCUUCUUUGCUGUAUUUGGUGUUCCUCAGGUUUGUGUUGAUUCAUUCACACCUAGAUUUAUGUUUUCGAAUAUAUCUGGCAACCCUGGUCUCUGCUCGCUUGCUGUAUAAUGGCGGCUUCAGCGAGUUGUAGGUUCUCUGCUGUUGCUAAGGAAGUAAAAAAAAAAGUUUGCUGUCAUGCGAGGAGCUGCCUAGAGAAUGUGAGCGUAUAAGGAUAAUGGCACUUGUUUGUGUCUGAAAACAAGUGGGAGAGUAGGAUGAAUGAGAAUGAAGACCUCAUCGUCCCAUUCCAACCUCAGUCAGAAGAAGCACUCUGCAGGAAUGAUGCAGCUAACUUCAGCAUAGCAGUGGCAAAUGACAGAAGCAGUAAAGAACAGCUCAGUAGUAAGAAGUCAUCUAACGAAGUGCUCCAAACCCCUCAAGAUGAGCAAAGGGAGCAAGACAAACCUGGUACCUACAUUCCUCGUCCACCUUUGCUUCCCAAGCCUCUUGGCAUGGCGAAAGGAAGUAGGAACAUGUCGUUUGAGGAAAAGAAAAAGGGAAGACGAAUGAGGAGCAGUCAAGAGAGCCUCACCGAUCCAGCCGAGAUGACCUCUUCAACUGACUCCCUUAGGGAAGUCUCCAAUUUUUCUGCACCUAGUAGCCAUAUGGUUUUAAAGAAUGGCCAGGACGCUGGAGUAAGUAAUUUUGAUCAAGUGGCCUGGCAAUCCCCACCAUUCUGGGAUCGAUGUAACAGCUUCCCUGAGGACGACAGAUGUCUUUCUGGCCAAGGCCAUUUUUCUGGGCAGCAUCCUAAACCUUCCAAAAUUAUUCUUUCCCCGCUGCAGCCUGCAGGAACUUUUCCUCCACUGGAGUACAGCAUCGCCGCCAUGUCCUUAAGGACCGCUAAUCAGAUUGACAGGGAUUGCUUGGAUUAUAGGAAUGGGAGCCUGCAAGAGAAGUUGCAAAAGAACCUCAGUGACAGCCAGCUUUGGGACACCAUGGUGUCGGACAGAACCUCAGUCAAUUCCAUGAAGUCAGCCUUCAGUGUGCUCAACCCAAUCCGGCCCAAGGAUGUGAGGAACAGGAGCUUUUUGGAGGGCAGUGUGAUGGGCAACGGAGCCUUACUCGGAGCUGAAGAACUGGACCGGUACUUUCCGAGCAGGCAAAUUGGGAUUUAUGUUGCCACUUGGAAUAUGCAGGGAGAGAAGGGGCUUCCAAACAACCUAGAUGACCUGUUGCUCCCAACAGACACCGAUUUUGCACAAGACUUCUAUAUCAUUGGGGUUCAAGAAGGAUGCCCUGAUAGGAAGGAGUGGGAGAUCCGUCUGCAGGAAACUCUGGGACCGUACUAUGUGAUGCUGUAUGCCGCUGCGCAUGGAGUGCUUUAUCUCACCAUCUUCAUACGCAGGGACCUCAUAUGGUUCUGUUCCGAGGUGGAGCAUGCUACCGUCACCACACGGAUCAUUUCGCAGAUUAAGACCAAAGGGGCAGUGGGCAUUGGCUUCACUUUCUUUGGGACAUCCUUCCUCUUCAUCACAUCUCAUUUUACUUCGGGAGAUUCGAAGGUCUAUGAAAGGAUACUGGACUACAAUAAGAUAAUAGAAGCUUUAGCUCUUCCCAGGUGCCUUCCUGACACCAACCCUUACCGUUCAGUUGCCUCGGAUGUGACCACCCGAUUUGAUGAAGUCUUCUGGUUUGGGGAUUUUAACUUCCGCCUUAGUCAAGACCGGGGAAGAGUGGAGGAUAUUUUAAACCAACUAACCGUGAAAAACAUGGACGCCCUCCUACAGCAUGAUCAGCUGUGCAAAGAAAUGAAAGAUGGUUCCAUCUUUAAAGGAUUUCAGGAAGCCCCAAUCCACUUCACUCCCACGUACAAGUUUGACAUUGGCUGUGACGUUUAUGACACAACACCCAAGCAGAGAACUCCAUCAUAUACAGAUCGAAUCCUUUUUAGGAGCAGACAAGUAGAUGACAUCAAGGUGGUUAAGUAUACAUCCUGCUCAUCUAUCAAGACCUCAGAUCACCGGCCAGUCAUUGGCAUGUUCCAGGUCAAGCUCCGGCCUGGUAGAGACAACAUUCCGUUGGGAGCGGGCUUGUUUGACCGAGCCGUGUACCUGGAAGGCAUCAAGAGGAGGAUUACGAGAGAACUGAAGAGGAGGGAAGCAAUGAAGAACCAGAGCAACAGCACUGUCUGUUCUAUCUCCUGAUCCAGGGUCAGCAGGCGUCAGACCAUAUCUUCCAUAUUCUGAGCUACUGACUCAGGAAGCUGGACUUUCAGGACCAAAGGGAAGCUCAGAACUGAGGGAGAUGUAGCGUUUGACUCCCCAUCCAGGAACAUACACUCACUUGAGCUUGAAAAGAGGCUGUGCCUUAUCGUUCAAGGUCUUGGGUUUGAGCUGUAAAUGUCCAUGAGAACACUACACGUUCUGUAGAAAGUGAUGAACAUAUAUGGCUGAGAAUGAAAGGAAUGUAAAAAUGACCUCUUUAUAUCUUGUGCACUACAUUUUACCUAACGUCUUUGAGUUUUUAUAUUAAUGUGUCAGCUUAUAUUUAAGAUCAAAUGAAAGAUUUGUCAUACAACUCACAUUUUUCAAACUAAUACAGUGUUCAAUGGCCUUACAUGGAUAAAUCAGCAGCUCAACUAACAGACACAGAUUUGCUACAAAUACUAAAUUAUUAUUUUUAAAAUAUUUAUUUUACAGAUUUAGUGUAAAUUUGGCCAAAAUGUAGUUGGUAUCUGUAACAGUGGAAAUGUGACCUAGAGAAACCACCUUGCGUUUCUUUAGCCAGAAAUUGUCUUCUUGCAGCAGUGUGGAUGGGAAAAUCCAAGUCAAAGUCUCAUCUAGGACUCACGUCCAUUGCCUUAACUUCUUAUACAAAAUAAUUCAGCCUUUUACUUGAUGUCAGCUGGCUAUUUAUAAAGGACUAAGAACUGAUUUUGACUAAGUAACUAUAUUCCUCUUGCAUGGGCCACAAAUAAAUACGUAACCCUAAA